CCCUAGCGGAGACAACAUGGCGGUUAGGGCGAGCUGUAGUUUCGAGAUUUGAAUUACACCACUUGUAGCUAUUGCGUUCCUGAUGAUGGCGUCUCCGAUUUCGUGUAGCUCUCGUCAUAGUCCAGAUGAGCUCCCUGGAGACCCCUCUUCACAAGAAGAUGAGGAUUGCGAUUACGAAGAUCGGGUCAGCUACUCGGGUUCAUACUCUUCAGCGAGUAGCGAUUAUGAUGAUGUUGAACCUGAAUGGCUGGACAGUGUGCAGAAAAAUGGAGAAUUAUUUUAUUUGGAAUUGAGUGAGGAUGAAGAAGAAAGCCUCCUUCCUGAGACUCCUACAGUGAACCAUGUCAGGUUCAGUGAAAAUGAGAUUAUAAUUGAAGAGGAUGAUUACAAAGAAGGAAAAAAGUAUGAACCUAAACUCAAGCGGUUUACCAAAAUUUUAAAAACUAAAAGUCUUUUACCUAAGCGCUACAAUAAAAAAAAUAGGAAUGACAAUGAGCUGGUGUCCAUUCUAAAGCAUCAAUCCAAUCAGAAAACAGGAGUUGUUGUCCAACAGCGGUACAAGGAUGUGAAUAUUUAUGUAAACCCCAAAAAGUUAACUGUGACCAAAGCCAAAGAGCAGCUCAAGCUUCUGGAAGUCCUGGUUGGGAUUAUCCAUCAGAGCAAGUGGAGCUGGAAAAAAAGUGGAAAACAGGGCAGUGGAGAGAGACUUGUGGUCCAUGGCCUGCUGCCAGGAGGCUCUGCUAUGAAAAGCGGUCAGAUAUUAAUUGGUGAUGUCCUUCUUGCUGUGAAUGAUGUUGAUGUGACCUCUGAGAACAUAGAGAGAGUUCUGUCUUGUAUUCCUGGACCUAUGCAGGUAAAACUGACUUUUGAAAAUGCAUAUGCUGUGAAAAAGGAAACAACUCAACCAAGACAGAAAAAGGCACAGUCAAACACAAAUGAUUUAGUAAAACUUCUGUGGGGAGAAGAGGUUGAAGGUAUCCAGCAAAAUAUCCUAAACACUCCUCACAUCGUUAUGUAUCUCACACUGCAGCUCGACUCGGAAACAUCAAAGGAAGAGCAGGAAAUUCUUUAUCAUUGUCCAGUAUCUGAUGCAUCUCAGAAACUUAAAAGUGUGAGAGGGAUAUUUCUCACACUCUGUGACAUGUUGGAAAAUGUAACUGGGACACAAGUUACUAGCUCAUCCCUUCUUUUAAAUGGGAAACAAAUCCAUGUGGCUUAUUGGAAAGAAUCUGACAAGUUGUUGUUAAUUGGCCUGCCUGCUGAAGAAGUUCCUCUUCCUCAGCUAAGGAAUAUGAUAGGAGAUGUUGCCCAAACCUUAAAAUUUAUGUAUGGUUCUUUAGAUAGUGCCUUUUGCCAGGUUGAGAAUGUUCCUCGUUUGGAUCAUUUUUUCAACUUGUUCUUUCAAAGAGCACUUCAGCCUGCUAAACUACAUUCCAGUGCCAGUCCGAGCGCACAACAAUAUGAUGCUUCCAGUGCAGUGCUUUUAGAUGGUCUUCCUGGAGUUCGAUGGCUCACGCUUCCGCAGAAAAUCAAGAUGGAACUAGACACAGCAUUGAGCGACUUGGAGGCUGCAGAUUUUGCAGAACUGUCUGAGGAUUACUAUGACAUGAGGCGGCUGUAUACAAUUUUAGGAUCUUCUCUAUUUUACAAGGGUUAUUUGAUAUGCAGUCAUUUGCCUAAGGAUGAUCUUAUUGAUAUUGCUGUGUACUGUCGCCACUAUGGCCUACUGCCUUUAGCAGCAAAACAAAGAAUUGGUCAGUUGGUUAUAUGGAGAGAAGUGUUUCCGCGACAUCACCUCCAACCUUCUGCAGACUCAAACACUGAAGUCUUUCAGGAACCUGAAGGGAGAUAUUUUUUGCUAAUUGUUGGAUUGAAGCAUUAUAUGUUAUGUGUACUAUUAGAAGCUGGAGGCUGUGCAUCCAAAGCUGUUGGGAAUCCUGGACCAGACUGUAUCUAUGUGGAUCAGGUCAAAACAACUCUUCACCAACUGGGAGGAAUAGACUGUCACAUCAAUGAAUGGCUAACAUCUUCUCCAAGCCCCUGUUUGUCUUGUGCUGACUGGUUCCUUACUGGAUCACAUGAAAAAUUAGAUAAUUUGACAACCUCACCUAUCCUCAGUAGGCUACCAGUUACUUCCAAGGUAGCAACCUCUCCAACAUGCAGAAUUCUUUUUGGUGACUAUUCCUUAAAGACACGUAAGCCCAGUCCUUCCCGAAGCAGUGGAGGAUCUGACAAUGGCUGUGAAGGUGGAGAAGGUGUUGGCCUGAGCCCCCACACUAUACCCAAUGCCGUAUGGAAACAAAGAGAAUCUCAGGGCUCUGAUGGUUCAGAAGAAAGUGGGGCCUUGCUUAAGGUCACUAAAAAGAAGGCUACUCUUCCAAAUCCAUUUCAUUUGGGGAACUUGAAAAAGGACCUUUCAGAAAAAGAACUGGAAAUAUAUAACACAAUGAAAUUAACAUCUGGUCCUGAGAACACACUUUUCCACUAUGUUGCCUUAGAAGCUGUGCAAGGGAUCUUUAUUACUCCUACCCAUGAAGAGGUGGCACAGCUAAGUGGCUCUAUCCACCCUCAACUAAUAAAGAAUUUCCAUCAGUGUUGUCUCUCCAUUCGUGCAGUUUUCCAACAGACUUUGGUAGAAGAGAAAAAGAAAGCACUAAAUCGUGGAGAUCAUUCAGGUUCUACAAAUUCCAUAUCUUCUCUUAACCCUGUGAAAGAAUAUGGUGUGUUGUUUGAAUGCUCACCUGAAAAGUGGACAGAUCAGAGAAAAGCACCACCAGUUAUGGCUUACUGGGUAGUAGGGAGACUCUUUCUUCAUCCCAAACUUCAAGAACUUUAUGUCUGUUUUCAUGAUUCAGUCACAGAAAUUGCCAUAGAAAUGGCUUUUAAAUUGUUCUUUGGAUUAACCUUGUAGCUAUGUUUUCUUGAUGCACAGCAACUGUGCGUGGAACAUUGAACGGUGUUAGAAUUGCUGAAACCCAUACACAAGAAGAUAAGGGUUAACUUCUCUUAACUGUUCAGUUUUGAACAUAAUAAUGUUAAAUAGUGAGAUGAUAUGCUCUUGGAUUUGAUGCACUAAAUCUUAUGUAGUAUUGUGAGACUUUUGAAAAGGUACUUGAUCAAAAUAUAAAGAAGGGAUUGUUAACUUAUUUCCAUUUUGGUAUAUAAUGUUAAUUUAUUGACUAGUUUGAAAUAAUGUGAAGUGUUUUAUAUAAGAUUAAUGGAGGACAUUUAUCUUGAAA